CUGAUCUGCAUAACAACCCUGUCGAAUGUCAACAAACAAAUACACGCGGUCAGCGGCAUAAUUUUGAUUUUGAUUUCAUUUUGAAUUAAUUUAAUUAAAAAUGGUAUCCAGCAAGCCCAAAUCAGCGAAAGUAGCAAAGAAAAUCAAGAAAGGCAGCAAGGAGUGCAAAACGGACAAGGCAGAGAACUGGCAGAAGGUGAAAAUCAAGGGCCACGUGAUUUCCGAUGACUUUGGCGGCUACGAAGGUUUGAUUGGAUUGGAGGUUCUCGAGGAUUACGAUGCAGAGCUGGUAAAGUCCUCAAAGAAGCGAGCAUCCAAAAGAAACGUUAAAAAAGACAAGGUGAAGAGUAAAAAGAAGAAAGUAUCCAAGUCUGAGGCGGAGCAGGAGGAGGAUGCGGCCAGUGAGAGCUCCAGCGAGUCGGAGAGCGAGGAGGAGCUGCUGUUCACGGCCAAGUCCACCAGAAAGGCGCGUCUGGCCGAACGUCAUGCACAGAAACUAGAGAAACUAAAAGAAAAGCGAGAGAAGCGUAAGGAGAAGCGAAAGGAGAAAAAGGAAAGUGUGGAAGAGGAAGAAGCCGCCUCGGAGUCGGACGACAACGACAAUGAAAGCAAUCCAUCAGGGCAGUAUGUGCGAUUGAGGCCUCAACAAUCGGACGAGGAAGAGACUGAGCCAGCGGAGGCAGAGGAUGAGCCCUCGAGUGAUGAGGAAGAGCCUCAGCUAUUGCCUGCCUCGACAGAGUACGAGGAUGAACUCUCCGCCUGGAAUGGGCUGGGUGUGCCAUCAAACGUUCUGCGCGCCCUGGCCGAGCAGGGCUUCAAGGAACCCACGCAAAUUCAAUCGAUGACCCUGCCAGCUGCCAUCCACGGCAAAAAAGAUAUCCUGGGAGCGGCGGAAACGGGCAGCGGCAAGACCCUGGCCUUUGGCAUUCCCAUGCUGGCUGGCAUCAUGGAGCUGAAGCAACGGAAUGUUAGUUCCGGCAUUCGCAAGGCACCCAAAGUGAAGGGUGCGCCAAUAGCUCCACCAGCCGAAGAUGAGCAUGAGCUGACACCGCCGCCGGAUGAGCUGGAUCAUGUUUCGGGUGCCAGCGAUGAGGAAAGCGACGCCGAGGAGCGGUCAAAGCGCAAGCAAACUCCACUGUAUGGCCUGGUGCUGACACCCACUCGUGAGCUGGCUGUGCAGGUGAAGAAUCAUCUGGUUUCGGCUGCCAAAUACACAGGAAUCAAAGUUGCUGCCAUCUUCGGGGGUCUGGCCGUGGCCAAGCAGGAGCGUGUGCUGCGCCAGUGUCCGGAGAUUGUUGUGGCCACACCCGGCCGCCUCUGGGAACUGUUUGCGCAGGGCAAUCAGCACCUCAACAAACUGGAUGACUUGAGUUUCCUGGUGAUCGAUGAAACGGAUCGCAUGGUGGAGAAGGGUCACUUCGAGGAGCUUAGGAGUCUGCUCAAGGUGCUCAAUGCAGACGAGCAGAAGAAGCAGCAACGCCAGAACUUUGUUUUCUCCGCCACGUUGACUUUGGUGCAUGAUCUGCCCGAUCAUAUGCAGAAGCGCAAUGUGGGCAAGCGUCCGAAGUUUGUGAAGCAAACGGUGGAUCAGAAGAUAGAGAGCCUCAUUGAGGAGCUGGGCAUAUCACAGCCCAAGAUUGUGGACAUAACCAGCACGCAACAAACCGCUCAAACGCUGACCGAAAGCCGUUUGCUGUGUCCUAUCGAUCAGAAGGAUUUCUAUCUCUAUUACUUCAUUCAGCGGCAUCCCGGCCGCACCAUUGUUUGCAACUCCAUAGACUGUGUGCGGCGUCUGGCCACGCUCUUUGGCCUGCUGGAUUGCAGUCCGCUGCCGCUCCAUGCCAAUAUGAUACAGAAGCAGCGCCUGAAGAACCUCGAACGCUUCCGUGACUGUCCCACAGGGCUGCUAAUCGCCACAGAUGUCGCCGCUCGAGGCCUGGACAUACCCAAUGUGGAGCACGUGAUUCACUAUCAGGUGCCACGCACCAGCGAGAAUUACGUGCAUCGCUCGGGCCGCACUGCUCGUGCGAAUAAGCAUGGCAUAACCGUCAUGUUCAUGGAGCCUGGCGAGGUCCGCAGCUACGUGAAGCUCUACAAAACUCUGGAGAGGACUGAGGAUUUGCCACUAUUUCCCAUCUCGGAGCGUUUCCUAAGCGGUGUCAGGGAGCGUGUGAACCUGGCGCGGGAUCUGGACAAGGAGGAACUGAAACUAAAGCGCGUGCAGAGCGAACGCGGCUGGAUGAAGAAGCAUGCCGAGGAAAUGGACAUGAUCAUUGAUGGCUACAACGAUGAGUCUGGCAGCGACCAAGAUGAGGAUCCCUUUGUGAUAGAGCGACGUCGCAAUCGCCUGCACGUGGAAACAGUGCGUGCGCAGCUGCAUUCUCUGCUGGCUCAACCACUCUUCCCCAGAGGCUUUAGCUUCAAGUAUCCCAACAGCGAGAACGCAGAUGUCAACACAAGUCACACCACAAGCGCCGUGGAGACCAUGAAAGCGGCCAUCGUGGACCAGAAGCUGGCUAAAAAGCAGCGAAACAAACGGAAACGAAAUGCCUAAAUGAAAUUUAAUUUACUAAAGAGAAGAUGCACAGCGGAUUGUAAGAAUAAAGUUGCAGGAUAAGUUGAGCCAA